AUGACACGCCAAGAAUUCGCUCACUCUUUUCCUUUCUCAGCACCUUCGUCUCUUUCGUCUCGUCCACGUCACGUCUCAUCAAAUGAUUUAAAUAAGAACAACAACCUACGGACACAAACGUUAUUAGCGCGUCUAUUCCGACGCAAGGAGCAUUCUCCAUCGACUUUACGACCUCUGACGCUAGACAACGACGCUGUUUCGACUCGUCUUUUGUAUGGAGAAGAAGAAGAGACAAAGACACACGUGGAUUCGCCCAUGCGGACGCUCAUACGUUCGCUCAGUUUACAGCGCAGCGGUCGGAACUCACAAGAGGUGGUCCACAUGACACCAUCGGAGACGUUACAAGUGUUGAUAGAUGGCGUGUUUACUGAGCUUUUAGAGCCAAAUUCAUGGCAUGUUAAACCCAGUUAUUUUAUACUGGAACAAAGUAUGGAGAGCAAGGGUGGGAGGUUUAUCUUACGACAGUUUCAAUACUUGAGUGAAAGCAGAAAACCUGGUCACUUGAUGACGAUUAUCACAUUGUCUCGGAAUGAUUUGGUCAUGGAUAUAAAGACUCAUCAACAGAUGCAACACGUGCUGGAGCUGCAGUUGGCGACGUGUGAACAACGUACGGACAUUGACAGUAAAGAGAGCGAGAAGGAGAGAUGCGGCUCAAAGGUGAUUCGACUGGCUUCAGUGGACGAACGGACACAUGUCAAGUGGCUGCAUACACUCAAUGCGUGUAUAAGCAGACUUUUUGCAGAGACAGAGGAGACGCAGUAUCGACGAAACGAGACGUUGACAGCCUGGAUGGAACCUGCUAAGAUCAUGCCAAUAUAUGUACAAGAAGGGCAGAAGUCACGUGUAUUCGUCGCCAGAGACCGUAAAGAAAACGGUGGUGCGCUUAGCUGUACGAGUAGUGAAUGCAGUAACAACAAUCAUAGUGAAAGCGAAUUUCCGGCCGAAGAGAUUCGAGCUGCGAAACAAGAUGUCGCACGUGAGGACAAAUUAAAAUCGGCGUCGUGCAAUGUGCAGACAACAACGAGUGUACUUCCGGUCGUUGCGAUGGAAAAAUUGACAGCUCAGACAGUUGGGGGUUAUUGCUGCACGCCCGAUUAUCGGGUGAAGAAGUCGAUAGUGUUUCAGGACGUAUAUUGCGAUAAUAAUGCAGUGGGCGAGAAGGCAGAAAACAAUUACAAAAGCAACCAGGAUGGCGAUGAUUCUGAAGAGGACUUUGUCGCGGGCGAUCUUGCCACGCAAAGCUCUGUGGCGCAGUACAAAAGCGCUGUUUUGGCAGGAAAAGGGAUCUCUCCUUACCAAAGCAUAGGGAUGGAAGACGAAUACACGAAAGCCAGCUCGAAAUCAAGUGAUGCAAUAGCAGCCGGAAAUGGACGGCUUCCUCGCGCAGCCUUUGGAGCCACUAGCAGCAGUAAUAGUUUAUUCUCAAUGUUGCGACCACAGACGCACUCUUUUAACGCAAACGGACAGGUAUUUACCCUGGAUACGCGUUAUGAACUGGUCAAGCCGAUUGGAAAUGGAGCUUACGGCGCUGUGAUUGCAGUUAAGGACGUUGUUAACGGCGGUGACCACUUGGCUGUCAAAAAAAUCACAAAUAUUUUUGAAGACCUUGUGGAUGCAAAGCGGAUUUUGCGCGAGGUUCGGCUGUUAGGUCACUUCGAACAUAAGAACAUUACUCGGCUGCUAGAUUUAUCGCCUCCUCCUUCUCGCAAACAUUUUGAUGAUAUGUAUAUUAUCACAGAGCUUAUGGAGACAGAUCUGCACCAGGUCAUUUACUCCAUGCAACCCAUGUCAGACGACCACGUCAAGUACUUUUUGUACCAAAUGCUCUGCGCGCUGCAUCAUAUUCACUCGGCAGGCGUCCUGCACCGUGACGUGAAGCCCAGUAAUAUAUUGUUGAAUGCGAAUUGUGAUCUUAAAGUGUGCGACUUUGGGCUAGCUCGUGGAGGAGUUGGAUCAUAUAACGAAGGACAGCAGGAUGUCUCCGAAUUAGGCGAACUAACAGAGUACGUCGUGACGCGGUGGUAUCGAGCGCCAGAGAUUAUGUUGAACUGCCUAAAUUACACGACAGCUAUCGAUGUUUGGGCGGCGGGCUGUAUCUUUGCAGAAAUGCUUCUGCGCGAGCCAUUAUUCCCUGGAAAUGACUAUUUACAUCAGCUUAAGCUCAUAAUUAAGUUUCUCGGCACCCCAAAACAAGAAGACAUUGGUUUUGUGAAGAACACGAAGGCUUUGCGUUUCCUUACAAAGCUAGCAAUCUCCAAACCAAAGAAAUGGCGGGACGUAUUUGCUGAGGUUGGUGUUGAUCACUCAGUGAGCUCGGAUGCGAUCGAUCUAUUAAGCAAGAUGCUGCUCUUUAAUCCGGAGAAGCGCAUUUCGGUCGAGGCUGCAUUACGGCACCCGUAUUUGGCCCCAUUCCUAGACGAGAACGACCUGGUGGUCUCUCGGUCAUUUGACUUUUCGUUUGAUUUGGCUGAUGAGAAGUUGUCAAAGGAUGCUCUCAUUGAUCUUCUGUGCGAAGAUAUCGAACAAUUUCACCCACCAGUGCCAACUUCAAUCGCACCUGUGCCAUCGAGCUCCGCGAGUCGUUUUUUCCGAAUGGGAAUGACUGCGUAG